AUGAAUCGAACCUUGCUGGACUAUCUAGCGAAAUUUGUCGACAAAGAUCAGCAAAAUUGGGAUAACAUUUUACCGUUGGCCUUGAUGAGUUAUAGAGCGUCUAUUCACAACAGCACAAAAUUUACUCCAGCGCUACUUACCCUAGGGAGAGAAAUCCGACUCCCUAUUGAUUUGUGGCGCCCACAAGUUCCUUCAGAUGUAAAUUUAUCGCUUCCUUCAUACUUGCAACAGAAACUUGACUUUAUGCGGGACGUACAAACGGUGGCAAGGAUCAACUUGAAACUAUCUGCCGAAAGCAUGAAGGUGCACUACGACGAACGCGCUAAUCCGAUCAGUUUCAAUAUCGGUCAACAAGUGUGGCUUUAUAACCCUAUACGGAAGGUUGGAAAAUCUCCAAAACUUCAAUGCGAUUGGGAUGGUCCGUACAGUGUGCAACGGAAACUGAGUGACCUGAUCUACGAAAUUCGUCGUGAUAACUGUCGCAGCAAGGUUGUUCACUUGGAUUGCCUGGCACCUUACGAGUCACAUGAUUAG